AUGGCAAGAACAGCAAAAAACACAGAUGAUGAUAAUAACACAAACAAUAAUGGUUCAAUUGAAGAUGAAGAUUUAAACAAUAACAAAUCACCCACAGCAACACCAGAUAAUGAACCGUUUAUACCAAAUUAUGAUUAUAUAAAUAAAGCCAAAAUGACAACAAUCAUAUUUAAAACACCAACAGGUUCUCCAUUAAAAGGUGAAUUUGCAGUUACUGAUAAGCUAAAACAUGUUAGAGAUUAUUUUAUUGCAAACUAUCCAAUAGAUAAAAGUUUUCAUAUGAUGACCGUAUAUCCAAAACAUUAUUUUACAAAUAAUGAUUACAAUAAAACUUUAUUAGAUUUAGAAUUGGUUCCUUCUGCAACAAUUAUAAUUGGGCUAACAGAAGACAGAGAUUCAAAAAAUAACACAAACUCUAAUUCAAACAGCAGCAGUACUAGUAGUGACUAUGGUUUAUAUAGUUAUUUUUCAAGUGUAAAAGAUUAUGUUUCAAGUUUUUUUGCAUAUACACCACAACAAACAGAUACAAAUACUGAAAGAAAUCAUGAUAGAGAAGAUGAUAGUGUAAAUAGUAACAAUAAUUAUAGUAAUAAUAGAGGACCAAUUAAAAAACGAACAGGUGUUCACUCUCUUAAUGAUUCAAAUAGUAAUGAUAAAAAGAAUGAUGAUAAUAAUAAAAAGGAUGAUUCAAACUCAUAUUAUAAUGGUAACUCAACUCAAUUUAAUGGUUAA